GGUGGCAGGGCCUGCACGAUGGAGGAGGGAGGGCUGCCCGGGGUCUGCGUGACAGCCCCGGCCUAUGCCAGGGAGGCCUGAACCGGCUGGGCCUCGCUGUGCCCCCGGUCCGGCCUUGGCCUGCCAGCCUGCCAGAGCCGCCUCCCAGCCUGCCCCUGGGGAGGGGCCACCUGGUGUCAAUUAAGCCCCAGUCACUCUGCACACCACGUCAGGCCGCUGAUUAGUGCCGCUGGCCUCUCCAGAUGGGGAGCACCGGCUGAGCAAGGCGACGCCACCAUGCCCGGGUGAGGCCUCCCUGGAGCUGAAGCCCCGGAUCUCAUCCCUAUGUAACAGCCUGGUGACCAGGAUGCCCAGAGAAUUGUCCACAUCGAUCAUGCGGCACUGCUAGACACAUCUACCAGACACUCCUCCUCCCCAGUCUGCCUGACCUGUUGCUUAGGGACACGCGACACGUCCCACCACUUCUCCUGACAUCUGCCUGAUCAACCAUCACUUCCUAGAGGACGGAAGGGAGGCAGACGCAUGAAAUCAUGCCACCAACGGCCAAAUGGCAGUAAGCGGUGACGCUGAGUUGACGUCAAAGGCAGAAGACUGAAGCGUCUGCAGCCCCGGUCUCCCCUGUUCUUCUCCCAGCACAGCCUGAAGCCUGACUGCUCCUGUGAAAUCAUCUUGCCUAGAUACGUUUUGAGGUCUUCAGACAGGACUUUAGGCAGAGACACCAUGGAAGAUCACGUGUUCGGUGUUCAGCAGAUCCAACCCAAUGUCAUUUCUGUCCGCCUCUUCAAGCGCAAAGUCGGAGGCCUGGGAUUCCUGGUAAAGGAGCGGGUCAGCAAGCCACCUGUGAUCAUCUCUGAUCUGAUUCGAGGAGGGGCCGCCGAGCAGAGUGGCCUCAUCCAGGCCGGAGACAUCAUUCUUGCCGUCAAUGGCCGGCCCUUGGUGGACUUGAGCUAUGACAGUGCCCUAGAGGUGCUCAGGGGCAUCGCCUCUGAGACCCAUGUGGUCCUCAUCCUGAGGGGCCCCGAGGGUUUCACGACGCACCUGGAGACCACCUUUACCGGGGAUGGGACCCCCAAGACCAUCCGAGUGACACAACCCCUGGGAGCCCCCACCAAAGCCGUCGAUCUGUCCCACCAACUGUCGGCAGGCAAAGAGCAGCCACUGGCAGUGGAUGGGGCAACGGGUCCUGGGAACGGGCCUCAGCAUGCCCAAGACAAUGUGAAGGAAGCCAGCUUGCUCUCCCACACCAACGGCCUGGCUCCUCGAGCCCCAGGCCAGGACUCUGCCAAGGAAAGUGCCAACGUUGGUCACCAGGGCAGCAGGGAGCACAACGAACUGCUCAGAGAGAUAGAGCCUGUGCUGAGCCUCCUCACCAGUGGAGGCAACAGAGGGGCACCUGUCAAGGUAGAGAUGAAAGACACCGGAGUCCAGGUGGACAGGGACCUGGACAGCAAGUCGCACAAAGCUCUGGCCCUUGGCGGGGAGAACGACAGAGUCUUCAACGACCUGCGGGGGAAGAGCACCAUGCCUGUCGUCCUCAACAACCCAUAUUCAGAAAAGGAGCAGCCCCCUGCCUCAGGCAGACAGUCCCCCACCAAGAAUGGCAGCCCCUCCAAGUGCCCCCGCUUCCUCAAGGUCAAGAACUGGGAGACUGAUGUGGUGCUCACAGACACCCUCCACCUCAAGAGCACGCUGGAAACAGGCUGCACGGAGCACAUCUGCAUAGGCUCCAUCAUGCUGCCCCCUCAGCACACACGAAGGCCCGAAGAUGUCCGCACCAAGGGUCAGCUCUUCCCCCUCGCCAAAGAGUUCCUGGAUCAGUACUACUCAUCGAUUAAAAGAUUUGGCUCCAAAGCCCACAUGGACAGGCUGGAAGAAGUGAACAAGGAGAUCGAAAGCACUAGCACCUACCAGCUCAAGGACACAGAGCUCAUCUAUGGGGCCAAACAUGCCUGGCGGAAUGCUGCCCGCUGCGUUGGCAGGAUCCAGUGGUCCAAGCUGCAGGUAUUCGAUGCCCGCGACUGCACCACGGCACACGGGAUGUUCAACUACAUCUGCAACCACAUCAAGUAUGCCACCAACAAAGGCAACCUCAGGUCAGCCAUCACCAUAUUUCCCCAGAGGACGGACGGCAAGCAUGACUUCCGAGUCUGGAACUCCCAGCUCAUCCGCUACGCCGGCUACAAGCAGCCCGACGGCUCCACCCUGGGGGACCCGGCAAACGUGCAGUUCACAGAGAUUUGCAUCCAGCAGGGCUGGAAACCUCCCAGGGGCCGCUUCGACGUCCUGCCGCUGCUGCUCCAGGCCAACGGCAACGACCCCGAGCUCUUCCAGAUCCCGCCGGAGCUGGUGUUGGAGGUGCCCAUCAGACACCCCAAGUUUGACUGGUUCAAGGACCUGGGCCUGAAGUGGUACGGCCUCCCUGCCGUGUCCAACAUGCUGCUGGAGAUCGGUGGCCUGGAGUUCAGCGCCUGUCCCUUCAGCGGCUGGUACAUGGGUACAGAGAUCGGCGUCCGCGACUACUGUGACAGCUCGCGUUACAACAUCCUGGAGGAUGUAGCCAAGAAGAUGAACUUGGACAUGAGGAAGACGUCCUCGCUGUGGAAGGACCAGGCCCUGGUGGAGAUCAAUAUCGCCGUCCUCUACAGCUUCCAGAGUGACAAAGUGACCAUCGUGGACCAUCACUCUGCCACCGAGUCCUUCAUCAAGCACAUGGAGAACGAAUACCGCUGUCGCGGUGGCUGCCCGGCCGACUGGGUGUGGAUUGUGCCCCCCAUGUCUGGCAGUAUCACCCCUGUCUUCCACCAGGAGAUGCUCAACUACCGGCUCACGCCCUGUUUUGAGUACCAGCCCGAUCCUUGGAACACCCACGUCUGGAAAGGCACCAACGGGACCCCCACCAAGCGACGAGCCAUCGGCUUCAAGAAGCUGGCAGAAGCUGUCAAGUUCUCGGCCAAGCUGAUGGGGCAGGCCAUGGCCAAGAGGGUCAAAGCCACCAUCCUCUACGCCACGGAAACGGGCAAAUCGCAGGCCUAUGCUAAGACCUUGUGCGAAAUCUUCAAACAUGCCUUUGAUGCCAAGGUGAUGUCCAUGGAGGAAUACGACAUUGUGCACCUGGAGCAUGAAGCUCUGGUCCUGGUGGUGACCAGCACCUUCGGCAACGGGGACCCCCCUGAGAACGGGGAGAAAUUUGGCUGCGCUUUGAUGGAAAUGAGACACCCCAACUCUGUGCAGGAGGAGAGGAAGUACCCGGAACCCUUGCGUUUCUUUCCCCGUAAAGGGCCUUCCCUCCCCCGUGGUGACACUGAAGUCCACGGUCUGGCUGCAGCCCGUGACAGCCAGCACAGGAGCUACAAGGUCCGGUUCAACAGUGUCUCCUCCUACUCUGAUUCCCACAAAUCAUCGGGUGAUGGGCCUGACCUCAGAGACAAUUUUGAGAGUGCUGGACCCCUGGCCAAUGUGAGGUUCUCCGUGUUUGGCCUCGGCUCCCGGGCAUACCCACACUUCUGCGCCUUCGGACACGCCGUGGACACCCUGCUGGAAGAGCUGGGCGGGGAGAGGAUCCUGAAGAUGCGGGAGGGGGACGAGCUGUGCGGACAGGAAGAGGCUUUCAGGACCUGGGCCAAAAAGGUCUUCAAGGCAGCCUGUGAUGUGUUCUGCGUGGGAGAUGACGUCAACAUUGAGAAGGCGAACAAUUCACUCAUCAGCAAUGACCGCAGCUGGAAGAGGAACAAGUUCCGUCUCACCUAUGUGGCCGAGGCGCCAGAACUCACACAAGGUCUUUCCAGUGUCCACAAAAAGCGAGUCUCAGCUGCACGACUCCUGAGCCGUCAAAACCUGCAAAGCCCGAAAUCCAGCCGAUCAACCAUCUUCGUGCGUCUGCACACCAACGGGAACCAGGAGCUGCAGUACCAGCCUGGCGACCACCUGGGGGUCUUCCCUGGCAACCAUGAAGACCUCGUGAAUGCCCUCAUCGAGCGGCUGGAGGAUGCGCCCCCUGCCAACCAGAUGGUCAAGGUGGAACUGCUGGAGGAGCGGAACACGGCUUUGGGCGUCAUCAGUAACUGGAAGGACGAGCCCCGCCUCCCUCCCUGCACCGUCUUCCAGGCUUUCAAGUACUACCUGGACAUCACCACACCACCCACACCCCUGCAGCUGCAGCAGUUCGCCUCCCUGGCCACCAAUGAGAAGGAGAAGCAGCGCCUGCUAGUCCUCAGCAAGGGGUUGCAGGAGUAUGAGGAGUGGAAAUGGGGCAAGAACCCCACCAUGGUGGAGGUGUUGGAGGAGUUUCCGUCCAUCCAGAUGCCGGCCACCCUGCUGCUCACCCAGCUGUCCCUGCUCCAGCCUCGCUAUUACUCCAUCAGCUCCUCUCCGGACAUGUACCCCGACGAGGUGCACCUCACUGUGGCCAUCGUCUCCUAUCAUACCCGAGAUGGAGAAGGACCAAUUCACCACGGCGUGUGCUCCUCCUGGCUCAACCGGAUACAGGCUGAUGAAGUGGUCCCCUGUUUUGUGAGAGGCGCACCCAGCUUCCACCUACCCCAAAACCCCCAGGUCCCCUGCAUCCUGAUUGGCCCGGGUACUGGCAUUGCCCCCUUCCGAAGCUUCUGGCAGCAACGGCAAUUCGACAUCCAGCACAAAGGAAUAAGUCCUUGCCCCAUGGUCCUGGUCUUCGGGUGCCGGCAAUCCAAGAUAGAUCACAUCUACAGGGAGGAGACCUUGCAGGCCAAGAACAAGGGUGUCUUCAGAGAGCUGUACACGGCCUACUCCCGGGAGCCGGACAAACCAAAGAAGUACGUGCAGGACGUCCUACAAGAGCAGCUGGCCGAGGCCGUGUACCGAGCCCUCAAGGAGCAAGGGGGCCACAUCUACGUCUGCGGGGAUGUCACCAUGGCCGCUGACGUCCUCAAAGCCAUCCAGCGCAUCAUGGCUCAGCAGGGGAGACUCUCGGAGGAGGAUGCUGGCGUGUUCAUCAGCAGGCUGAGGGAUGACAACCGGUACCAUGAAGACAUUUUUGGAGUCACCCUGCGCACAUAUGAAGUGACCAACCGCCUUAGAUCUGAGUCCAUUGCCUUCAUUGAAGAGAGCAAAAAAGAUACGGAUGAGGUUUUCAGCUCCUAAGUGGACCCAGUUGCCCAGAGGGAUGGCAGGUGGCGCCCCAAGUGCUCCCGUGAGGAUGGCCGCGGCUUUCCUAGGUGGACACACGGCUGAACCUUUCCUCUGGGACCCUGUGCGGCCCCGUUCCACCUCUCGUCCUGUCGCUGCGUCCUGGUUUCCCUCUUCGGGGUUCUGCCCCCUCCGUGGUGUCCCCAGGCCUCCUGGACUUUCUCCUUGAGUUCUCCUGCUGCAGUGCGAUGCCUUUAUGACCCGCAGUGGCUCCUCCACAACCGUGUCCUCCCCGCUUUCUGGCUGCCAAAGCAAACCGCGGGUGCAUGAAACCAUUGGAUCACGGCCGUCGCUCCUGUUAGGGUUUGUCCCGGUCGGGGGGUCCCUGGAAAGGCUGCGGGCCCGGGACAGAAGCCUGAGCCAGUCUCUCUGCCGCUCGAGUCCCCCAUCCUUUCUCGGGAUGCGUUUUGGUCGUGCGUGCGGCCGGCCCGGCUCCCUGUGUCCUUUGUGCGUGUGGAUGUGUUCCUCUUAGGUCUGAGUCCCACGCCUUGGCGGAAGACCCUUGAUGCCGAGAAAUGUCCCGCCGGCCCAUGCUGUUUCCUCAGGUGCCCUAAAUUCAGAGUCUGUGCCGAUGUCCCUGAGACACUAGAAAGCCCCCUAACUGUCCUGAUAAAAAGGUCGGGGAAGAGGGAGGGGAGGUGAAGAUUAAGGGGAAAAUCUCCCUGCAAAAGAGAGCAUCACAGCAUUGGAUGAAUCUAGGUUUUGAUGCAGUUCAUGUCCUCGCUAGGAAAUGAACUCCCUGCCCAGCCAGGGGCCCCUGAUGUGACCACACUCACAGACUCUCCCCAGGCAUCCACCCGCGAGGCCCAGAAUGAAUGCUGUCUGGGAAUAAGGAUCUUCUCACUGUGCCACUGGGAGACCUGGGAUCAGUCCCUUGUCCUUUGUUUCCGCUCAUCAUAUUAUGAACCUAAAGAAUAUGAAUGAAUCGAACGUCAACAUUUUGGAGCCUGGUAGGAAUGUCAAGGAGGAAGGCGAUUGGUACUUUGCUAUUCAACCAGGAAGGGCUUGCUGAUUCAGCUUUGGGAUAAAAUAACUAAAGGGAUUAGGUGAAAGCAGGAUGUGGUGGUGCACGCCUGUGACCCCAGCACUCCGGGAGGCUGAGGCAGAAGGAUGGCAGGUUCGAACCCAGCCUGGGCAAUGGACAGGCUCAGUGAGACCGUCUCAAAAUUUUAAAAAGCGCUGGAGAUGUAGCCUAGUACGAAAGCCCUAGGUUCAAUCCCAGUACCACAAAUAAAAGAGGUGAAAGGAACCAAGUUGAGAGAAAUAUCUUAACAGGAAACCCCCCUGUCCAGGUGGGAAGAAUAUGAUCCUCACACUUUCAACCCUCUAACAUUGAUCCCCUCAUUCUUUAAUCUGCUAAAAUAAUUUCAACAAACAUCCUUGAUUCAUCCAGAAAGUGGACGGCGAAAUCUUUACUAGGGAUUAGGGCCAAUGCAGUUUCUCUCUCAGCAUCCUGCUGUAUUUGUCCUCUCAGAGUAAUUGGGAUUGAAGGGUCCCUUCUACAUGUCAACACUAAAAAUUAGUAUCAGGCAGCAUCUAGAGAAAGCCAGGAAGUCCUUGUGACCCCAGCCUUGGGGGAUGGAAGUCAGUGCGGUGUCCCUAGUUAUGUAAUUCUGUCUCAUCUUGUUCUGGUGGACAAACUAUGUUUCCUUUAUGUCCUGUGCACAGGUUUUCUUUCCUGGUGUUCAGUUUGGGGCCUGCCAGUGAGAAAGUGCUGUGGCCCUCCUGAGGAGGGGGUCACAGGUACCAACAUCCUUAGGGCUCCAAUUCCAAGAUUCUUAAAAGUCAAUCCGUGUCUUUUUCCUGCUCUCACUGGCAGCCCACUGGGGUCCCAGCCUUGGCAAGGUGAGUUGGUCCCAGUUAUAAUCUCACCUGUCUUCCUCUAACCCUCGUUUUCCCAUCUCAGUCUGUCACAGGUAGAGAGACUAAGCACUCAGCACCCCAAGGUAUUGACCUUGCCAAGCUGAAGGGAAGCCAGGUGUAACUGCCUCCUCUCCUGCCAAUACAGUGCUGGCUCCUAGUAACUUUCCUCCCAGGCACUUCCUUCUCAAAUUUUUGAACCUUUGAGGACGCUUUCCCCAGGACUGAACUGCUAUGUCCAACCUCCAUCAAAGAGGGAUCGAUUCGAGCUCCCCUCUAUGAAUCAAGCUCUCUGCGAGAAGGAUUUCCACUGCUGAAUAAGGAGCAUUUGCUGUGCACCUUCCUGUGCACCCUUGCCCUUCACGCAGCAGGUGGAAACAUCCCUUCAUUUGCCAUAGUCCAAGAAAUGACUGUAUAAGCAGGAUUCCUCUUUCUUCCCACGCAGGCCUUUUUUUUAAGUAGACCUUUCAUCUCCUGACACGAGCUGCUAGAAUACAGAAGGCCGAUCUGAUACAUCUCUUUCAUUUGCCAGGAUUCCUGGUACCAGAAAGCUGGGCUGUCGGGAAAGUCCCAUCAAGAUGCAGAGAGGAGACAGGAUGGGGUUUAGCACUGAUCCAGGGUGGGUAAAUACUGCCCUCUGCUGGUGGUUUUUAGUUAGCUCCACGGCCCGCAAUAGGCGUAAAAUGCGUGGUUAGCAAUAGGUGAGCAAAAAUAGGGUGCCCUGAGUAUUUGGGAGUAACCCUGGGUUGUGCCAUUUCUGACCUACAGUGUCUCUGACCCCACUUCAUGGAAGUGGGUGAGAGCAAGAGGAAUGAACUAACCCAAGAAUGGGGGUCCUGCCUGUGUGUGGAAGGGCAGAUGCAGUGACCCCAUGGAAGGAGAGAGGCCUUCCUCGGUGUCUUUGGGGCGAGACGGCCAGGCAUCUUUCUUUGGGGGGAAACGGAAAUGGAGCUUUGGAAAUGGACCUGAGUUCAGAUUCUAACUCUGCCCCCAUUUAUACAGACGGCUACCUGACCUUUCUGAGCUACAGACCCACCUGUACAGCCAGGUGGAUUGGAUGAGACAAGGCCCAGUUACAAUAGCCAGCCCACACGUUAACACGGUUUUCACUUUUCACUUACUUCAUCACACAUCUUGCGUCUCCACGGUGGGGAAGGCACCAUAGUGCAGACAGAGAAAAGGAAAACACAGUUGAGUUCCUGCCGAAGGUUAGAGUCCGGUGGGCUGAGACGCCAUUCUCAGAAUUGAUGCAGACGUCCGGGGUCUGAGAAGCAGGUGGGAUUUCGCAGGUAGACCUUGGAAGGGAAGAGUUUGGCAGGGAGUGGAUGGAACGAGAGGAACGGCGUGCACAGAGAGAGUGGGUGAAUCAGAGCUGGAUUGGAAGCCUGGGGGUGGGGGCAGGGAAGCACGCAAGGAAGAUGGCCAGGAGCCAGACAGAGACAGAGUCAGUAAAUAUCAAGGGAUUUAGAUUUUAAUUAGUAGGGAACAGGGAGUCCUUGUGGGUGGUUUGGUUUGCUUUGGUUUUAUAGUACAGGAAGUCAAAUUCACAGGUGAUCUACCAGCCCUUUUUAUUUUUUAUUUUGAGACAGGGUCUCACUAAGUUGCCCAGGCUGGUUUCAAACUUGAGUUCUCCCUGCCUCAGUUUCUGCAAUGCUGGUAUAACAGGCGUGUGCCACCACACCGGGCUCUUCAGGGUCCUUUUAGAAAGGGGAAUUAAAGUGGCAGAAGUUAUGCUUGGGAAAGGAGCUCGUGGCCUUAGCCUAGAGUAUGCAUGGCUCAUCUGUUGAGUCCCUGGUGGGGCACUGCCAUGGCCGAGAUUCCAGCAAGGGAGGAGGCAGUUGGGCCAGUACAGAUUCCAGGGGCUGAAUCUGAGGACCUGAUGCCUGUCCGGUGGAAGGUGAGGACAGCGAAAUCACAGCCUUGCCUCUAUUUGAGAGCGGAGCCUGGUCAUUAAGGACAGCCCCAGGGAAGGUGGAUUUGUGGGGUUUAUGUGAUGGCCAGCUUCUCCCAGAGCUCAGGGUGACACCUGCUAAGGUCCCGCCAAGUCUAGGUUCACAGAAAGAAAAGUGACCCCCAGUCCGGGGAUGCUGGCCUAAGCGCACAGGGUUUUCCUGCCAAACACUGCAGCCACCUGCUUCAGGUUUCCCAGGAGGUCAGGAUUUGCCCUAAACUCAAGGUCAAGAGAAGUGUCCUGACCCAGAUCGAGGAGCAAAUGGUUCCUGCCGAGCUGGACAAGCGGACAUCUGGGCCCCUCCGCCUUUAUGGUAUCAGCUCAAAGCACAGCCCCCCUUUUCACCCCUGGAGAACCGUGCGCUUCUAGACUAUGCUGUAAUCAGCCAUGUGUGCUUAUGUCACCUGACCGGGAGCCUUGCUUUCCAAAGCCCCAAUAUGAACGAUCACCACAGACAUGGACUUGGCCUUUGCGGGGGGCAAUGCUGGCCUGGCCUCUCUCUCCUCACCCAUCCUCGUCCACUGCCAGCCCCACCAGGGAGAACCCAAGAGGAAAAGUUACCUCUCCCAGACCUUGCUGUACCUGAAGUAUGAGAACCCAGGUACCCUCUAAUCACCUAUUUUCAAUUGCAGGUUGCUCAUCCCUAAUCUCAAAAUCCAAAAAGCUCCAAAAUUUAAAACUUUUUGAGCGCCAACAUGACACCCACAAGUGGAAUCAUUUUAUGCACAAAAUUACUUAAAAUAUUGCAUCAAAUCACCCCCGAGCUGUGGGUAUAAGAAGCAUAAAUGAAUUUGACCUCUACCUGAGUCUCAUCAUGGGCCCCAUCACCAAGAUAUCUGUGUCAUAAGCAGCAUUUAUGGGUUUGUUUUGUCCUCAGGUAUCUAAACAGUUCUGGUUAAGCAGGACAUUGGGUCCACCCCAGUCAGUCAUUAACAUGGUGGCCCUGGCAGGCAGAGGCAAAUGUGCCUUAAUGCAGUCUUUUAGACAAUGACUCUGGGACAUUGAAAGUGCCCAGAUUUGGUCCCCAACCUGCAGGCGACUCUAGCGCAGAAUCUGACAACUCCAGAGUGGUUGGCAUUUGGAGCUGGAUUGUCCUUCGUCAUGGGGGCUGUCCUGAUAUUAUAGGAUGCUGAGUACCCAUGACCUCCACCUACUAGAUGCCAAUUGAAACAAUCAAACAGGUCAUCAGACAGUGCCCAAUGUCACCUUAGAGGGCAGUAGCUCCACACACACAUCCCUUAGAUAAGAACCAUUGCUCUUGGACUUGAGGAGCAAGAGAGUGCCUAGUAGCCAGCCCAGGACUGCUCUGAUAGACCUUCUGGAGAUGGCUAGUAGAGCUUUCUUCCACCCAGUGGUCAUUUCCUUUUAUCCUCCAGCACACUGAGACCCGAGGGAUUUGUAGGGGGAGGAAGUAGUAUGGCUUCACAAACCCCUUCCGAGCCAGAAGGAUGAGUGACUCUGUUUGGAUCGAUGCUGCAUCCUGGACGUGGGUUCUAACAAAGACCCCCUUGGCCCAGCGACCUCCCUCUGGGUCUGAGGCUCCCUGUACCCUGCACUCUGCCUCCACCGUUCUUGCUGUUUGUGUUGUCACUGUGACUUUAAGACCCACUCCAGGCCCAGAAAGCGAGACUGCAGGCUCCUGUGUCUGUCCCCACGGGUGUCCAUGGUGAGGAGGAGGAAACGGGUGGGGUGGGUGGAGCCAGGGUCCCAUCUCACCACGCACGCGCUGUCCAAAACUCAGAUGUCCCGUACCUCUGAGCUCUCAAUGCUGCUAAUCUCUGCCGAGUGUCCCAUGUGCUCCAGAACCUUCCUCCAAGGACCGACGCCCACCCCAAGCUCCUCAAGAGGUUGCCCAGGCUCCGUUUGCCGCAUGCUCUUCUUCUGUAUAGUUCUCAUCUUCUAAUUUUAUGGGAUUCAACAAAAGUCUAUUUAUGCCUGUUUGCAUUAUGGUUAAAAUAUUAAAAAGUGGAUUCAACUUGG